ACUCAACGCCGCGUUAAUUAAUUGAGAUUAGGACACGCAUGUUGAUCUAAUUACGGCUAUCAGAGCUUACACUGUGCCAUAUGUGCUAUUUAACGAGUCAAUAUAUCCUUCUGUACAUGACAGAGAGGUUCCUGCUCAUUGUUCCCCGAGCACUAUUUCCUCUGGGAAAUUUCCAGCCUUGGGACUGGGAACUGGACAAGGAUAAUUACUGGAAGCCCUAAUGGGGGCAGGGACAGCGCUGGCUGUAAAAGCGCCUUUCUUCUGGUUUGAUUGGGCCGGUCCUUUCCUCUCGUUUCUCCUUCAUUGGCCAAAGCCGCGAUCAAUCUGUUCAUUUCCAGAUCCCCCUCAAGUUUGAAACUUUUUUUUUUUUACGAGGCGAGGGAAUCGGGUUACAGCGAACUCUUGUAACCGAUCUCACGGCGGCCGAGUGAAGAAAACACUCUUUCAAUAAUUUACACAUCUGUGCCUCCUCCACGGCCGCAUUAAGACACAGGGAAGCAGCGGCAGGAAGACGCGCGUUCAACCGCACGAAGAGCGGAGACACUGCAACGAAAACACGCAGCGACGCCGCUUCCCCCCGCGAGCUGCCCACGAUGAAGACUUGAGCUCCGGUCCGGAUUAAGUUGUCAUCCAGUCGGACGAACGCUGCCGAGUCCCGCCGCGCCGAGAGAGAGAGAGCGAGGGAGAGGGAGAGGUGGGGGAGAGAGAGAGUUAAUCAUGGACUCCUUCAGCACCAAGAGUCUAGCCCUUCAGGCCCAGAAGAAGCUGAUGAGCAAGAUGGCCACCAAGAGCAUGGCCAACCUCUUCAUCGACGACACCAGCAGCGAGGUGCUGGACGAGCUGUACCGCGUCACCAAGGAGUACACCCGCAACCGCAAGGAGGCCCAGAAGAUCAUCAAGAACCUGAUCAAGAUGGUGGUGAAGCUGGGGGUGCUCUACAGGAACAACCAGUUCAACGGCGAGGAGCUGAUCCUGGUGGAGAACUUCAGGAAGAAAGUCCACACGCUGGCCAUGACGGCGGUCAGCUUCCACCAGAUCGAGUUCACCUUCGACCGCCGCGUGAUGAGCGCCAUCUUGAACGAGUGCCGCGAGCUGCUGCACCAGGCCAUCAGGCGUCACCUGACGGCCAAGAGCCACUCGAGGGUCAACCACGUCUUCAAUCACUUCGCCGACUGCGACUUCCUGGCGGCGCUGUACGGGCCCGCCGAGGUCUACCGCGCCCACCUGCAGAGGAUCUGCAACGGCGUCAACAAGAUGCUGGACGAAGGGAACCUCUGACCUCCGCUGGCCUCGGCGUCGGGCGCCGUCACCUCUAGUCAGCCCUCGCGUAACACCUUACAGGGUUUCCUCCUUUUUUAUUUUUGGACAAAAACGAACACUUGUGUUUGUCAUUGUUGGUUUUGCAUUUGCGUGUGCCUUUCACAUAUUACUGUAACACUGAAAUUCCCUUGACUAGUUUGUCCAAAGUCUGUAUCUUCUCCAGUCUGAUUUUCUAAUGAAUGUAUACUUCAAUGCCUUUGUCAGUAUCUACAAAAGAACCUGUGCCUUUAAAAUGUACCUUUGUCACAUCCAUUCAUUCGAGGGCACGACUUGUCGUCUUAAUCCAAGCAGUGACUCCAGGCCUUCAGUUCCAUCUCUACUUGGUGCCCUUUUUAUGGAUUAAAUGUUAUUGGAAGCACCUGGAGAGGAGACAAGUGUUAAUUUCCGCCUUUUCCGUAUAUUCAAGGAUAGGAAGAGGUGAUUGUCUAUUUCCUGAAACUCGUGUUGCACUUGGUCCUUAGCAGGCGCUGUACUGAAUUCCUAUCCAUAUGAAGCGAUCCUGCUUAGCCUGCGUUUAACCGCUCUCACCGUCAUGCACUGAACUUUACAGAGAGGCCGGGCCUUUGUUUAAAAGCGCCCAUAAAGCCAGUUCUGCUUGUAAUAGUCUGGUUUAUAGCCACCAGAACAAAGAUGAAGUGUUUGGGUCAUAGCGGGGUCGUAAACAUGAAGGAAUGUGAUGUACUGUGGCGGAGUUCUGUUCGCUCUGUGCCGACCCGGCUGCCUCGCUGCUCGCGGGAGAAGCUCUCGUCAGUAUAGACGUACAGUAGGAGCCCGGGGUCACCCGCGUCCAGGUCCGACAGCGUUGCUUCAGGCUCAUCCUCAAAUCGCCAAAACUACGGUUUGAACUCUGACAGACCCAAACCAAAGAGACUCCCCGCGAGCAGCCAGAUAGAAUACUGACGAAAGCCGCGGCUUAGUUCCUAUGAAAAGCGCCAGGCAGAGCACAGAUUAGAGCAGAGACAAACACAGCACCUGAUUGUACUCCCCUAUAGCAAUUAUAGCUCCCUGCGCUGGGGUGGUAGAAUGGUCUGCAGCCUGCGUCUGUUGACCAGCCACUUGAUUACACACACACACACACACACAAGCUCCGUGUUGUGUGAUUGAGAUAUCAUCUGUUUGUGCGAUGCAGUGCUUUAACGGACUGAGAGAUGUUGUGUGUUUUCCUUGUAAAGGAGCAUAUGAAUGGUUACUACUAGCGCUCUCCAACCUCACAUAAUAGCUGUCUAUCCAUUUUUUUGUUUCCCUCUAUAUGUUUUGUAUCACAGAGCUUGUCAGGGAGAUGGUUUUGUGCGGCGGCUUCAUUUUGUAUUCUGUGUGUGUGUGUGUGUGUGUGUGUCUACACCUGUGAGAGAAUUGGAAAUUGAGCCGUGUAAUAAGCGCUGUGCUUUUCCAGACAGGAUUGCUGAAACUUUAACUUCAUCCUCAGCUGCUCUGCCAAAGAAAAGAAUCGACUGAUGUUGGACAAACCGUAGCCUUUUUCUAGAGGAACACUUCAGCGUGCACUUGAUUAUUAUAGCCACACUAAUGAUAAUAAAGAUGAUGUGGGUGGCUGAUGUGGUUUUUCACUUUUUUCACCUUUUUUAAUUCUUAAAUGAAUUUCCUGAGCACGUUCUUAUUAUUUAGCCCUGUUGAGUCUGACUGCAUCAUCUUUGGAAGCUUUAAACUAAAUCCUUUUCCCAAGUCCCCUAAACAGUUGGCUUUAAUUGUCUUUGGAUGCCAUUUUCUCCAAUCCCUAAACAUCUCAGGGUUAGUUUAAAUCUCUUGGUUUAAAAUCCAUGACCAUAGAAAGAUUAAGAACCUCUACAGCUGCCGCACUUCUUUUACUAAAGCUCUCAAAUGAGGCAUAUUUGUCAUGUACUUUUAAAAUUCACAAAUGUUUUUAUUUUCACUUCUGUACAUAUGAUUGUUUUCGUGUAUUGUAUCCAGACACCACAAAUAUAAUACAGUUUACUUUUUCAAAACAAUA